UAAAUACACAACAUAAGAAUGUACAAAAAUUUUAAUUUUAAGUCAGUCCAGCCCUGCUACGAACUUUGACAGAAAAGAUACAAGCGGGUCAAAUUUAUAAAUAAUUUUUUUGAUAUGUAUUUCAUACACGAAAAGUGUUAAAAUGUCCGGAUAUUACACGCUUGUUCUAUUGUUGUCGUUGGUGUUAUUGGAAAAUUGCGCCAAUGGAGACGUGAUGUCUUACGGUGAUUUUUUCAAAAUUCAAUCAGGAUUUACCACUGAAGCCCCAUUGCAGGCGAAUAUUAUCGAUGUAAAGUGCAAAUUAGGGUAUAUUCGGGUCCACAGAAAGUGCAGGAAAGUGUAUUAGGUUUGUAUGUUUAGUAGCAUGUGUAAUAGUGUUAAAGUUAUUUUUAUAUUUCUAAUAAUACUAUUAAUGUUUUGU